UUUCCGCCAGCCUGGAAUGUCUCCUCCCUUCCCCAUCUCCCUUCUUCGGAGCGUCUUAAAUACAGGCUUCGGGCCUACGGCUCUGGGGGUACUUGGGGGGGCGGGAGGGGCAAGUCUAAUGAGUAACCCCUCCCCCCAAGUCCCAGAGGGAGAAGCCUCUACCUCUGUCUGCCGGCCCAAGAGUUCCAUGACCUCCACUUCCCGCCGCCAACGCCGAGAGCGUCGCUUCCGUCGUUACUUGUCUGCAGGACGGCUGGUCCGGGCCCAGGCCCUCCUCCAGCGACACCCGGGCCUUGACGUAGACGCUGGGCAGCCCCCGCCACUGCACCGGGCCUGUGCCCGCCACGAUGCCCCUGCCCUCUGCCUGCUACUUCGCCUGGGGGCAGACCCUGCCCACCAGGACCGGCAUGGGGACACAGCUCUGCACGCUGCUGCCCGCCAGGGCCCGGAGGCCUACACAGACUUCUUUUUACCACUGCUAAGUCGCUGUCCCUCUGCAAUGGGAAUAAAGAAUAAGGAUGGAGAGACCCCUGGGCAGAUUCUCGGCUGGGGACCCCCCUGGGACUCUGCUGAAGAAGAAGAUGAAGAUGAGGCUUCCAAGGAGCGGGAAUGGAGACAGAAACUGCAGGGAGAGCUGGAGGAUGAGUGGCAGGAGGUCAUUGGGAGGUUUGAAGAUGAUGAAUCCCAAGAGACUCAAGAACCUGAAUCCUUCUCAGCCUGGUCUGACCGCCUGGCCCGGGAACAUGCCCAGAAAUGCCGCCAGCAGCAGCGGGAAGCAGAGGGAGUCUUCAGACCCCAGCGAGCUGAGGGCUCCAGCCACAGUUGGCGACAGCAGGAAGAGGAGCAGCGGCUCUUCCGAGAGCGUGCCCAGGCCAAGGAGAAGGAACUGCGUGAGAGCCGAGCCAGAAAGGCCCAGGAGGCUCAUGGGGACCAAGGGCUAGAAGCAGCCAGGGCAGGGCCCAGAGCAGAGCACACAAGAGGGUCAGGGAGGGGCAGCCUCUGGCGUUUCAGUGAUGUGCCCUGGCCUUGCCCUGGGGGAGGAGACCCAGAGGCUAUGGCUGCAGCCUUAGUGGCUAGGGGACCCCCCUUGGAGGAACAGGGAGCUCUGAGGAGGUACUUGAGGGUCCAGCAGGUCCGUUGGCACCCUGACCGCUUCCUGCAGCGAUUCCGGAGUCAGAUUGAGACCUGGGAGCUGGGCCGUGUGAUGGGAGCCGUAACAGCCCUUUCUCAGGCCCUGAAUCGUCAUGCCGAGGCCCUAAAGUGACACCUUGGACAGCCCAAGAAACUGAAGGUGGAAGCCUUAGAGGUGGGGGAGAAGAUAAGGUCUGGGAUAGGCUUGGCAACAAUGAGGCAGAUACUACACAGCAGAAUAUGAGGAGGGAGUGAAGGGAGCACAGGUGGAGGGGAUGCGGGCCACCAUCAUUGCUCCUUGGCUCUAUCAUUUCCUAAUAAGACCUACUUCCACAUCUCA